AUGAGCUCGGUAGGCAAGCGUGCACGGGAAUGGGAAAGGUCGACUUCAGAUGGUGACAGUGCGAAAGUUGCAGCCAAUGUAAACUCAAAGCGACCAUGCCUUUCUUCUCCUACGUCUUCUCUUUAUUCUGAUGUAAUUCCCGUCUCCCAAAGUCUCAUAACAACGUCAGUAAAAGGUUUUGAAACACCUCACCCCAUGGCUGUCCUGGAUACCAUCCGCACCAAGUUACAAAGUACCUCAGACCCUCAUUUACAAGCCCGUCUUCUGCUACAAUACAGCUCAGUUGCAGCAUCUCCGGGGGCCAUGACAGCGGCAGCAAUUGACUUUCUCUUCUCGUUCCUACAGCAAAAUCAGACGCAGUCGGAGACGCCGACCGAUGGAAAUCAGACCAAUAAAGACACCCGUAGUAGCGGAGCUAUUGUUGUGGGCGCCAUUGUACGAGGCCUUCGACAGCUAUUGGCUGUCAAAGCUGCUGUGGUGGAGCCCAUGAUCCAAGUGGACGCCAUGGGCGAGCAGCUCAUGCAGUGUAUGAGUGUGGCUGAAGACUUUAAGCUCCGUCGAGAUAUGAUGCGCAUCGUCAUGGACUGCCUCAUGCUUACGAAAAAGUACAAACAGGUUGAGAAGCUCCUGCAUACGUGUGUGAAAGACCACGACACUGGCAUGCAGAUCAUCUGUUUGCGUGGAUAUUUGAGACUGGAUGACGAAGGACGGUGCUUUGCAGAAAUGGCUCCGACUCCUGGGACAGUUGAUGUUGUAGCAGAGUAUUUUGACCAAUUCACGGCCUUUGUGUUGUUUGCACAAAGCGACGAAGUGAAAGUGCUGGCGGCUCAAGUACUCAUGGCGUUGGCGAAUCGGCACUCGCAAUAUGAAGCUGGUAGUAGCAAGUAUUUCCCAUCGUCGACGUCUGUUACUACGGCAAAGAUGCCGUUGUUUUUGCCAGAGAAAACCUUUUAUGUAUUGUGCAUGGCUGGCUAUGAUACGGAGGACGCGAUGCGGGCUGAAGUCGCAAGGUGUUUGCGUCAAUUUUCUCGGGUGUUAAGAAGCGAUGUUGUGGAACACGCUUUGAUUAAAACACAAAUCGACGAAGCGGUGAUUGAUGUGUUACCUGAAGUUGUGGAGAUGAACACACGCCGUAUGAUGUCUAGCGGUGUGUUGCUAUCCCUUUUGGAGGAUGUCGACAUCAAUGUGUCUGCAGAAGCCUCGCGUACCAUUGCUAGAUUAAGUGAAAUGGCGACAACUCCUGAUGCGGGUGCUGGGCAGUGGAACAAACGAGUGUUAGAGCGCGCCAUUACGGCGCAUUUCGACAUUUUACCACGUGCAAGGAUAUCCAGCGUUGCGCAGCUGUGUCGCGUGCUGGUAAACUCAUUGGGUUGCCUGCUAGCGUGCCGGCAUAGGGUCGAUACUAAGACAGAAUUCACCAUUUCCAGCACUGAUUUGAGCUGUCUGGUUGGUUGUGCUGUCUCAAGUGCAGACAUUAGCAAAGACGCAGUGAUCGGAACCUUGCUCGUGUUUCAGUAUUGCGAUUUGUCAAGUGUCUGGGCAGUCCAGCGCUUUGUUGACUUCGUACUAGAAAUUGCGGCUUCACCUUUGUUCGACCGUGACGAUGACAUAGACGAGGAUGCACAUUACUGGAACGAGCGACUUCUUGCCACGAUACAAUCGCUUAAAAAUAAGUGCGCCAAAGUGCUGCAAGCGGACGUUGCCCUGUCAGACCGCCUUCAACGGGAGAUAUCUCAUCACAACAGCAAACACCGUCUAUUACGGCGCGUCUGUCAAGCUUUACUUGGCCAAACGGGGCGCGCAAAUAGCGAAAUAUCAGCAAGUACUGACAAGGCUAAGCCUCCAUCAGACGGAUCUAGCUUGUUCUUUCUCAGUCGUUCGCCGUCGGAGGCGCCUCAAUUCUCGCAAAAGCCCCGUAGUGUGUCCACUCGAGCGGUCAGUGCUAUGAAAACCCUUCGGAUGUCUCCAUCGGACGGAACUGUUGCUAUUUAUCUGAAAGCGAUUUGUCGACUUCGCACAGCGCUUGCCACAGAUGACCUUGACGUUUCGUUUAGACUUGCGGAUAUCCUUGUUCGCUUGCGCCAAUACGUGCAAUCGUUUCCUGAUGCAUCAGCUGCGCCAACGCCGGUACACAAGUAUGUAUCAAUGAAGGCUAUGCUCAGUACUAGUCCUAGCGUGACCUCUGGACACACGAACAACAGUAGCAGGGGGAGUCAAGACCAGGACGAAGCACAAGCAUUUACCCAUCUAUAUCUUUUAAUGGACCUGCAAAAAGGAUGUCAACAAAUAGUUGAUGCUGCCUCAGGUCUCUACGUCAAAGCUUUUGCUCUGAGUUUAUUGCCCCGCAUGGAGCUGCUACAGCUCGUCUUGCUUGGCCGCGUAGGUCUUGUACUUGCAUCACUGCAAAACUCCACCGAUAGUCUUCAAACUAUUGAAAAUCUGCGCUGGGUCGGCGAAGAGGCAACUCGGCUGUGCUUUCUUGUGAGCGACAAUCAGCGCCAAGACGAUGUUUGGUCACCGAUCCAGUCGUUGUCGGAAGUAAGAUCACUGAACGAACUGAAGCGUGCCUUCGUGGCUAUCGUUCGUAAGGCGUGGCCUGCGGCGCUAAUCGAAACCGCAAUCUCUCGUUAUGAACCUUUGACGAGCGGUUUAGGUAGUAGCCGCUACCAACAUGUGGCUAUCGCGCUCGCCUCAAUUCAAGAAAUCACUUCGCGCGCGAGUACCAAGCCAGACCCGCGAGAAGUAACAGCAAACUGGCCGUUUGAGCAGCGCAUACGCUUUUCGCUGACAAACGUCCGGAAUGUUACUCAGGUAUACAUCAAGAGCGUGCUCCCUAAUGGCAAUAUGGCGUACCAUCAUGUGCCAGCAAAUUGCAUCCACAUUCGAGGACCUCGAAAACACUGGGUCGACCACACGAUCAGACUGACAGUAUCGCCAUUUUCAGAUCCAACCGCAUUCGUUGUGGCAGUGUGUCUCGGUCAUCCAACAUUGCCCGGCAGUGUCAAGCAGUAUGUUCCCGGAUCUGGCGAAGCAAGUCCCCAAAUGUUCACAGAGAUAUCUGCUUCUGUUCGCGUGCCUAUCUUCCACCGCACAAGUUAUACAUUGAGGCAGGCGAAGUUGUCGACUGCACCAUGA